AUGAUUAGCAAGCACUUCCUUGCGUUUGUGUUUCUGCUGCUGGCUUCCUUCACGAUCGUCUCCCGAGAACUGAAACCAGUGCACUUCCAGCAAAGAAGAGUGAACAGAGAGAGCUUAAAGCUCUUGGGCACGUUGCCUACUUCUUUGAUUCGGCAGUGUCUGCCACACAGGGAAAACUUCCUGCUCCCUCAGAAGGCCAUAAACCCUCCUCGAUGCAGCAGAGGGCAUGCAGCGGCUGUUCUCCAUGAGAUGCUCCAGCAGAUCUUCAACCUUUUCGGGGCAGAUCAGUCUCUGAGUAGUUGGGAUGAAAGCCUUGUGGAGAAAUUCCUCGUUGAGCUUCACCAACAACUGGAACGUGUAGAGACGGUCAUGGGGCUGGAAGCAGACCAGAAGAGUCACACCUUGGGUACUGAGAACAUUCGAUUGCAGGUUAAGAUGUACUUUAGAAGGAUCCAUAACUACCUGGAAAACCAGAAAUACAGCAGCUGCGCCUGGCUCCUUGUCCGAGUUGAAAUUAAUCGGUGCCUGUUCUUUGUUUUCAGACUCACGGAAAAGCUGAGCAACUAA